AUGAGCAUUGGCCAGACUCGCACUCUUUAUUUAAAAACAUUAAAUAACAUUAAUGGUAUUCGCGAUGUACAUGUAGAUCCAGAGAGUAAUAUUUCUUCGCUAAGACAGUACGAAGGUAAUGAUUGUAUAUUUUUAUACAAAGGAAUGAAGCUUGUUGAUACAUUAACAUUUAAGUUUUAUUCUAUGACUGAUGGCGAUAUAAUAUGUACAGUUUACCCUACUCCUAAAACCAUCUUUGCCAAUACAAUAUCAAAAUAUAAACUUGUUAAAGACAUGGAUCUGGAAAAACAGAAAAUUUGUGAACUUCAGUAUAGUAGAAUUGAAAUGAAGCCUGAUUUUUACCGCAAAAACCAAAAACAAAGGGUUGAAUAUCUUGAAAAUAUUGAUGCUCCAUUUAAAUUUAACCGGAUCCUCCCAUUGUUUACACCUCCAAAACCCCAAACACCAUGUGCAGCUCCUUUACCAAAGUUUUGGAUUCAAUAA